CGGUCCUCGCGUCCCUUCCCGCUCACUCCGGAGCCACUUCCGAAGAGCGAGAGCCGCCAUGAAGAGAGAAGAGGGUGCCGCCCACCUCUGCUCCGACUGCGUCCCCGGCUACGAGCGGCACGACGGCAACCACGCACCCCAGCUCUCCAACCACAGCUCAUGCCGCCGUCGCCAGCGGCGCCGACAUGACAAGGCGCUGCAUGCCCGCUAGGCCAGGUUUCCCCUCGUCCCCAGCCCCGGGCUCGUCGCCCCCGCGCUGUCAUCUGAGGCCCGAUAGUACCGCCCCUGCCGCAGCGGGAAAGACAGCCAAGAGUCCUGGGGACAGGAAGCAGUCAAUUAUAGAUUUCUUCAAGCCAGCUUCAAAACAAGAGAGACAUAUGUUGGAUUCUUCACAAAAAUCAGACAUCAGAUAUGGAGGAAAUGGAUUGUCCAUCAGUGGCACAGAGCAGUUUCAGAGGAAACUACCCUCAUCAAAAACAUCUAAACCCAAAAAAACGUCAUCAGGAAAAAGCCCUAUAAUAGAAUCAUUGAUGAAAGGCGUUAAAGAGCACCAUAAAGACCAAGGUGUGCAUGAGCCCCGCCAGCCUUGUAUGUCACUGGUCUCUGAAUAUUUUUCCAAAGGAACAAAUUUUACUGUUCCUCAUUCAUAUUAUUUGUCAAAAGAAAUGAAGACACUGAAGAAAAAACAUCAGUCUCCAGAAAGAAAGAAGUCACAAUUCAUUCAUGAAAAUAGCAAAGAAAAGAAUGAUAAAGAUCGGGGAAAGGCGAAUGCAAACUUCAAAACGCCAGCCUUGGUGACAGAAACCGACAGUUUUAAGAGCAGCUCUGCCAGUCUCAGCAGCAGGAGCAGCCUGUCCAGACACCACCUGGGAGGAAGCCCACUGGGAACUACCAGUUUCCAAAGGUCGCUAGCUACAUACUGCAAAGAACGAGAAUUAAAGAAGCUGAGAAAAGAGCAAAUGAAGCAGAAAAUGAACUCAGAAAAUUCUUUCUCAGAAGCAAGUGAUCUUACUUUAAAAUCCACCAGUCAAGCAACAAGAUGUAAACCAAGGCAGGAGCAGAGCAAACAGAAUGACACACCUGGAAAAAGUAAUCUUUCAAACUUGGAAAAUGGACAUCUCUCAAGAAAAAGAUCCUCUUCUGACUCAUGGGAACCUACUUCAGGCUCUAAGCAGAACAGACUCCCUGACAAGAGAAAAAGGAAUUCUGUGGACUCAGACCUGAAGAGCACCAGAGCACCCCUGCCGCCAGAAGCAGGAGCACCUGGCCUUGGGCAGCGACCUGCUGGUUCGCACCAAAGGGGGCGGUUUAUAAGACACAUUGCCCUGAAGACUCCCGGUGAUGUGCUGCGCCUGGAGGAUCUGUCCAGGGAAGUGAGUGAUGAAGCUGAUGUCGCCUCUCCAGGCUUGGCACCUCCACUUGCUGGUCACGGUUCUUCUGCAAAUAGUGACCAAAUCCAUGUGGCAAGUACCAAAGAGACUAAGAUACGAAAACCGCACCUAUGUUUACCUCAGGAAAAAUCUACAAUUAAAAAAGCUGUCACUCUUCAGAAAAAUAAAACUGCUAGCUCCGAGUUACCAAAAGAGACAAAACCUCUGCCUUUGCUUUCGCAUGUUCCAAGUGCUGGUUCCUCUCAGGUGCCAUUAAAUGCUAAAAAUUGCACUCUUCUGGUCCCUAGGAAAGACAAAGAGCGUUCGUCAUCUAAAGAAUGUUCUGGGCAUUCUAUGGUGUCCUCCAAGCACAAAGAACACAAAGCAAAGACUAAUAAGAGUGAUUCUACUGUGUCUUCAGGGAAACCUUCUGAGGGAUCUGUGUGUGCGGAGUAUGGCACUCCUGCCAAGUCUCCACUGUCUGCUUUGGAAGCUGUGCCAUGUAACGCAAGCCCUGCAGCACCUCCAAAUAAAACCCCUUCCGAUAAGGAGAGUUCAGAAAAUUCCAAUGCAGGUAGCAGUGCACUGAAAAGAAAAUUAAGGGGUGAUUUUGAUAGUGAUGAAGAAAGUUUAGCUUACAACCUGGACAGUGAUGAGGAAGAGGAACCAUUGGAGUCACUGGCAGAAAUCAUGGCCUUGAACUUCAGUGGGACUUGUACAGCUUCAGAGAGGCCUGCGCUUCCCGAGGGGCUUCAGGGCCAGUCACCAGGCCACAGCGAGUGUGCCCACAGUGGCACUUACACGAACUCUCUGGAGCGUCUAGUGAAGGAGAUGGAAGACACACGAAGGCUGGAUGAACUACAGAAGCAACUACAAGAAGAUAUACGGCAGGGUCGAGGCAUUAAAUCUCCAGUUAGAAUUGGAGAUCAGGACAGUACAGAUGAUGAGGCCGACCUCUUGGAAGAGCACAGAGAAUUUCUAAAGAAAUUUUCAGUUACAAUUGAUGCUAUUCCUGAUCAUCAUCCAGGUGAAGAAAUAUUUAAUUUCCUCAAUUCUGGAAAAAUUUUCAAUCAGUAUACAUUGGAUUUAAGAGACUCUGGUUUUAUUGGAAAAAGUGCUGUAGAAAAGCUUAUUCUCAAGUCAGGAAAAACAGAUCAGAUUUUUUUGACAACACAAGGUUUCCUUACCUCUGCUUACCAUUACGUUCAGUGUCCCGUGCCUGUGUUAAAGUGGUUGUUUCGGGUAAGAACAUACUUUCAUUAUGAAAAAAAUUUGUAUAUCAAACUUGGCCUCAGGGCCAGGGAGAUAGCUCAGUAGAAUAAGCGCAAGGAUACUUUCAGCGACUCACCAGUUUGGCCCUGGAUCCCAUCACUGUCUGACGUAGCAGCUGUGUUCUUCAAUAUGGGAAUUGACUUUAAGUCUUUGUUUCCUCUGGAGAAUUUUCAGCCAGACUUUAAUGAAGACAAUCUAGUUUCUGAAACACAGAUGACGCUGGGAAAAAAAGAGAGUGAAGAUUCAGCUUCUAAACCAAUUUUUUCAACUCUUCCUGAAACCAAUAUUUUAAAUGUGGUUAAGUUCCUAGGCUUGUGCACAUCGAUACAUCCAGAAGGUUACCAAGACCAUGAAAUAAUGCUGCUGAUCUUAAUGUUGUUUAAAAUGAGUUUGGAAAAACAGCUGAAACAGAUUCCGCUAGUGGACUUUCAAAGCCUUCUGAUCAACCUGAUGAAAAACAUCAGAGACUGGAAUGCCAAGAUGUCUGAACUCUGUCUGGGCAUAAACAACCUCUCCAGUCACCCUCACAACCUUCUGUGGUUGGUGCAGCUCGUGCCUAACUGGACUGCACGAGGAAGGCAAUUGAGACAGUGUCUCAGCCUAGUGAUUAUGUCAAAGCUUCUGGAUGAGAAACAUGAAGAUGUCCCUCAUGCCAGUAACCUCCAGAUAUCAGUCCUCCAUCACUAUCUUGUGCAAAUGAAACCUUCUGAUUUGUUAAAGAAAAUGGUCUUGAAGAAAAGAGCUGAACAACCAGGUGGCACUAUUGAUGACAGCCUUCACUUAGAACUUGAAAAGCAGGCGUAUUACCUGACCUAUGUUCUUCUUCACUUAGUUGGUGAAGUUAGUUGUUCUCAUCCUUUUUCUUCUGGACAACGGAAACACUUCGUGCUGCUUUGCGGGGCUCUGGAAAAGCAUGUUAAAUGCGACAUUAGGGAAGAUGCAAGGCUUUUUUACAGAACUAAAGUAAGUGUAUUUUAACAUUUCCCUUGUUUAAUCUUGGUUGUA